AACGAUUCUGAAGAUGAGGCUUUCCUGGAAGGAUCAGACAAUGAGCCAGAGUUUGGGUUCAUGGCUGAAGACUUUGAGUUCGACAUGUCCAAGGUAGAAAUCACAAACAUCCGCCAGGGCGUUUCGGACCAGUAUUUAGUAAAGUCAACCCUUCUCUUGGGUACCGACGAUUCUCACUGGAUCGACGAGGACAUGCUCUUAGACUUUGCAGUGGAAAACGGGUUAGUCAAAUAUCGCUUAAACGCGUUUUUGAAGUACGUGAGAAAGGAUUUGUUGCCAAACUUCGAACCUGAACCGACGUACUCCGAUAUUUACAUCUCUGAGAGCAGUGAGGAGGAAUCAGAUAACGAAAAUGACCUAUCCGCCUUGAUUUCUUUCAGCAAGACGCAACAGAUGUUCUUUGAAAACAUUGACAUUAUGCCUACUAAAUCCAUCAAGACCAAGGGCAAGAACAAGAAGCCUGACCUUGAUCGUAUUGGGGAUAAGGACCUUCGCACGACCUUACAGGAACUGUAUCUUAUCCACAAGUCGUCCCGGAAAGAUAAGAAGAAGGAACGCGAGCUGGCGAAGCUCAAGGCGUCGAUUAAGGCCCACGAUUUGAGCGUGAAAUACCCGCACAUGAUUCACAUCACAGAUAUCAAAGAGGAGUUUGAGGCCUUCCUCCAGGACCAAAGCAGAAAUGCUUUGACGUUCCCUCCAUUGGACUCCCACGGCAACAAGACCCUCGGAAAACUCGCUCAUAACUACAACAUGAAGCACCGUGCGCUAGGCGAGGGGCUCAAGAGACAUAUUGUUGUGGUCAAAAAUAAGCGUACGUUCCACUCCUUGCCCGACUACGGUUCUAUUGGCUACAUUAUCAAGCAGAGACCAAUCUACCACCGUGUGGAUGUCAAGCGUCUUAAGGAGGAGGUGCUAAAGGAGGACAAGAAAAAGUUAGCCCCUAGCAAGGCCAAUGUCAAUGAAGGUGAUAUUGUAGGUGCCCACGCUCCCGCUAUUGGCAAGGAGAACAUCGGCAGAAGACUCUUGGAGAAGCUUGGCUGGAUCCACGGUGAGGGUUUAGGGGCUUUGGGUAACCAAGGUAUCAACGAGCCCGUUAUGGCAGUGGUCAAGAAGACCAAAACAGGGCUUAAGUAA